GAUAAGAAAAACAGAAACAGCCCUAAAAUAAAGCAUGUGUAUGCUUGGUAAAUAAUAUGAAUAAUACCAUUAACAAAUAUUGACAUCGCUCAGCGAAUCGCCGACGAACGAUGCGACACCGUGGGCGAGGAAGAAUCCAGUGUUGGCUAUCAAGUCCGUCUCGAAAAAAAAACUCCACGUAUUUAUGGUUCAAUUCUGCUGUGUACUCCUGGAAUUUUGCUGCAGAAUAUGCACAACGAUCCUGAACUGCAAGGGAUAUCCCAUCUCCUGAUGGAUGAAAUACACGAGCGAGAUGUCACAAGUGACUUCUUUAUGGCAGUUAUGAAGGAACUCACAACCAGGAGAAACAUAAAGGUUGUACUCAUGAGUGCCACGAUGAACUCCCAUAUGUUCUCAGCAUAUUUCAAUAACUGUCCUAUGUUGGAAAUUCCUGGAUCUAUGUUUCCAGUAAAAGUACAUUUUCUGGAGGACAUUUUAUCCGUGAUAAAGCCUAACAGCUCAGUGGUUCAGAGCCAGAGGUCGACGGGGAUGGGGAGAAGAGGAGCUACAUUGGGUCGAUCUAAUAAUAAUUUCCAUGCAAAAAAGACCGAUUAUGCUAUUAUGAUGAAGCAAUAUCUAGAGCGACUGAAUAGAACCAAAGAGUAUCCGAAUAAUGUUGUGCAGCAAUUGACGGAUUUCAAAGUUGAAUUUCUGAACGUUGAAAACGUUUUUAAUCUGAUCAAUCACAUCUGCUUCGAAAAGAGGCAGCCGGGUGCUAUUCUGGUCUUCCUUCCAGGAUGGGACAGCAUUUCGAAUCUUUACAACAUGUUGGAUGAGUGUGGACGAUUCCCAGAAGAUGAGUUCUUGAUAAUUGCACUUCAUAGCUCAACUUCCAUACAACACCAACAAUUGGCGUUCCAAACUCCUAAACCAGGAGUAAGAAAGAUAGUGAUUGCUACAAACAUUGCUGAAACGUCAAUCACUAUCGAUGAUAUAGUGUUUGUUAUUGACUGUGGUUUGUGCAAAGUGAACCGAUUCGACGCCACUAAAAAAAUAACAACUCUGGACACAGAGUUCAUCUCGAAAGCGAGUCUCCUUCAGCGAAGGGGUCGUGCCGGAAGGUUGCAAGAAGGAGAAUGUUACCAUUUCAUCACCAAAGUAAGAGAUCAAAGACUUCAACUUGAACCAGAUCCAGAAAUCCGCAGGUCAAGAAUCGAAGAUAUUAUAAUAAAAUGCAAACUACUGCCUCUUGGAAAAACCCAAGAUUUCCUACAGAAGCUACUCAAUCCUCCACCGGUGGCCAACAUCAGAGUGGCAAUUGAAACUCUGAUUGAAGCUCAAGUUCUGGAUAUUGACGAGAAUUUGACUCCUUUGGGCAACCUGAUCGCUUUCUUACCAGUUGACCAUUUCCUGGCAAAAAUGAUCAUCCUUGGAGUGUUCUUCCGUUGCCUUGAUCCUAUACUCAGUAUUGCUGCAUCGCUCAGCUUGAAGGAUCCCUUUGUUCUUCAACCUAAACUCAAAAAGGAACUUGAACUGAAAAAACUGGAACUUGACCAGAAACGUUAUUCAGACCACUUGCUGAUAGGCACUGUGAUGAGAUUGUGGGAGGAAGCUGUAGGCGAUAACCGCAGUGAAGAAUUUUGCAAAGAAAACUUUGUAUCUGAGGCAACACUUGAGUUUCUGGGUGCCAUCAAACAGCAAUUAGCUGACUGCUUGCAUGAGAUGAAGUUCAUUCCCAGUGGAAACUUCUUGAAUUACACGGACCAGAACUUGAAUGUCAACUCGUACAAUGUGGCCGUGCUGCGAGCUGUGGUUUGUGCUGCACUCUACCCCAACGUAGCCAACGUGAAGAGCGAAUUGAUUAUGAUGAACAAUCAACAAGUACCCGCCUUGGAGACAUAUGAAGAUAAGCAAGUGUACCUUGGCUUCAAGUCAGUGAAUGCCAAGACUCAUCAUUUCCCAAGUAAAUACUUGGUGUACUUUACGAAGCAAAGCUGUGGCAACAAAGUGUGGCUGCACGACAGCACCAUGGUCAGCCUGCAGUCACUGGUGCUCUUCGCCAACCGAGUCGAUGUUUCCUUCUCACCACUUGUUGUCAUCAAAAAUAUCCCCUACGACAUGUCACGAAAUAAGGACAUUUUGACUUUGAGAAACCGAUUCCAUGCAGCGUUCAAAGAUUUCACUGCCAACCCAAGACUGAUCCCGGUUGACUCUGAUGAGGAAACAAAUGUUGUCGUGUCACAAAUUGUGAAACUGCUGUCAAGUGAAGAAGAAAAAAUGCAGUGAACUGUUUUAUAAUUGGGAUGGUGUCAAUAUGGAGAAGUUGGUGCUGAAGGAAUGACUGAACAGGGGAUGGUGCUGAUUGAUUCUGAAGGAAGUUUUGUUUUGUUUGCUUAUAUUAUUCUAUAUUCCUCAUAAUACUUUACUUAGUUAUGGUUUAGAAUUUUCUUACUUUUUAUUCAUUGAUUUACCUUGAGUAACUAUCGAUAGCCUUUGUAAUUAUUACUUAUAUGUAGGCCUACUUUAAAUUAUCUCAUUCAUUCCUUUCUAUUUCAAGAUAAACGAACAAAAUUGUAUGAUCAACAGUGAGUAUUCUAAUUCCUAUUACGAUCGCAUUGUGGUUAGUGUAGAGCCAAAUAUGUUCCACUCAAAUUAUCUUUAAAUAAUACUUAAAUUAUCUUUAAAUUAUUAUCUUUCAAUUAUACAAAGUUGUUCUGUGUCGGCUCACUUGAGAGGCUCGGCUAUGUUUUAAAUUUUGUAUUGAGAUGUGCAGCUUGAAUUGUUUGAAGCGAAUAUAUACUUGAAACUUUGUGAUAACAUUCCAGGUAUCUCAUGAUUCAAUGAAUCAUUUUUUAAUGUAUCAAUUCAUUUAUUAUUUAAUUUUUUUGUAUAGUGAGAUUAACAUUGGUUUUCUAACCCUGUCUGUCAUUAGUCAGAGCAGAUAGCUCUGCUCUUUUUUAACUCGCUCCGUUUCCAAAUCGUUUAUAGGUUAUGAAAAAUAAAUAUAAUGAACUACCAGAAUAUUUAAUAUCAAUAGUAAGAAAAUGAAUUAUUUAUUCAUGAAAAUAUUAUUUCACUAAUUUAAAGUGGUCCUCAUAAAUACAUUAUCUGUAAUAUUAUAAAGGAAGGAAUUGGCUUACAAGUAGGGAUAGGAAAGACACGAAUGACGCAUCAUCACGUCUGAACUACUGAACUGAUCAACUUGAAAUUUUGUAUAACUUUUUUAAUUUACCGAGGAAGACUUAUUUUCAGUUCUAUAAAACUUCAGUUUGUCAAGUUUACAAUAAUUUUUCAGGUUUUCAGUUCAAGUUCUCUGUACGUCAAGUUUUCGUUUCUUCAAGGUAUAUACUUUUAAUACGGUACUCUGUCAUCGUCCAUCCAAAAGGCUAAGUAAUAAGUAAAAAGGUUUCUUAGAAUAUUUGUCAGCCUUGAAUAUUAUUAGUUUGUUGUCGUACAUAUAAAACUAUACGCCUCUAAUGUAUUCAACUUUGAAUAUAUUUUUCCACUGUUAUUUACGUUUCUAUUAAUUCUGUAGGCUACUCAUUUCUUAUU